AUGGAUGGAGAGCAGAAGGUGAAGCAACAAAAGGCAGGUGACACAUUAGAAGUUCAAACUCCUUUGAACGCGAGUAAACCGGAAACUGUCCUAUCUUCUCCUCAUGCUCAUACUGUACAAGAUGUAAGUAUCAACCAGCGUAGUGAGGUGACAGAGCAAACAGAAAGUACGCAGAAGCAGCCGCUACCCAGUGAGUCAGAUGAGAGGAGAACUGAGGGGCAACAAGAACAGAUAAAGGAGACCGCACACGGUCCUCAACAAGAUAACCACAAUGAAGAUCCAAGAGCCACAGGUACAACAAGUACAGAAUCCCAUGUUACUGCUGACUCAAACCCACAUCCUACUACAGAUGCAUCACCUAGUGAAAUAACUCAAUCUGGUCUAUCUACUGGUGAUUCAAAGACAUUAAAUAACAUGAGCACAGAGCCCAACAGUACCACUGAUAAUGUGACAACUUCAGAAGAGAAUGAAUCAACAAAUGGUGUCAAUACUAUGGGAACAUCAUCAGAAGGGAAUACCACCGUGAACACGGACUCUGUUACCCUCAAUAUAACCAGUAACCAGGAAUCAAUCUCAACUACCACCACCACCACCAACACCAAUACAAUUCCUCCUGUACCUGGAAUCAGCAAUGACACCAUAAUGCCAAAUGUGAAGGGUGAUGCAGACAGCAGCAGCAGUAUCAGCAGUUCUGUGUGGGUGCGUGUACCACUACUGAUUAUGGUUACACUGGCCUGUAUUCUUGUGUGCUGA